AUGAACUUGGACUCAGCCAGCAGCAGCUCUGGAAACCCAACCAACCCCAGAACAAGCCGGGGUUCAAUCGCAGCGCAAGCAUGUGAGACAUGUCGAUCGAGAAAGCAAAAGUGUGAUGAACAACGACCAAAAUGCGGAUUAUGCCAGAGGAUGAAGUUGGACUGUAGGUAUAGGGAACCACAACCAACGAAGAAAGAUAAGACUCUUGUCGAGAUCCUAGAUCGUUUGAAAUCUCUUGAGGGCAAAGUAGACCGAAUACCAACUGGCAGAGCCCCCAUACCCACUGGUUUCGGCCCUCCACAACCCGCGCCCUCAAGCCAGCCCUCCUUCAGUAACGAGCUCGACUCCAGCUCCUACUCAACUCCAAAUCCCCGCCCGUCUCAACAACCCAGUCCUAGUGGCCUUGGACGAUCUCCAGGCUAUCGACAUGCUUCUGCGGCUCACAAGAUAUUGACUUGGCCUGUUGUCCAACAACUAUUGCUACAAGCUCUGCCGACAAAUGUGGGGGAUCUGAAGACACUUGAGCAGGAUGGUCCAGCAUUUAUAGUUCAGAUACAGAAAAGCGUUCCACUCCUACCGCUGGAUGAGGCAUUACAAGACAGGCCCUUCGUCGGCAUGCAAACUCAGGCAACGAGGGCCUCUAGCGGUGCUAGGAUAGUCUUUCCGGCUUUGACUAGAGACGUAAUGCAUCGUCUUGCAACGGCAUAUUUUGACACUUUCAACUUCAUAUACCCUUUCAUGGACCGGCAGAACUUCAUCUCCGAUACACUUUCAAAAGUAUAUACAGAAGGUUUCGAUGGUGAUCCAGAUUCUGUCAUCGCCCUUCUAAUAUUUGCGCUUGGUGAAUUGGCUCUAGAAGGCUCUCGUGGACCUCCCAUCUCAGAAGAUGGCGCUCGAAGUAGUGGUGUGAGGGGAGGUACAGCCAUGAAACCUCCUGGACUUGCACUCUUCAAUGAGGCCAGAAAGCGUAUAGGGUUCGUGUUGACUGAGUCUGAACUCGAAAACGUACAGAUCUAUUCGCUCGCCGGCAAUCCGAUAGAUUGGAGUACACCUCGAGGAGAUAUCAUUAAACGAGCUUAUUGGCAUUGCGUUAUUAUGGAAACCGCUUUGCAAUAUGAGUUAGACCUGGCUCCCACGGGUAUUGCUGGACUAGAAGAUCGAGUAGGCAUGCCUAGUUUUAAUAGUCCCUUUUGUGAAGCCGAUCACAGGGGCAAUCAAUCGUCACAUUUCGAAGCGCACUACGCUUCUCAGAUCGCCUUGCGGAGAUUAUGUGCUGAAAUACACAAUAGCUUGUAUGAUGCCAUGUCGAACACUGACACAGGAAGCGGAAGCAGUGAUGAGUUCCGUGGACCGUCUGCACAAUCUCUCAAUCAACUAGCUGCCCAGCUGUCUCAAUGGCGUGGAAUGCUCCCAAAGGAGCUCCAAUGGGCGGAGGAAGACCCAGCUGGCUUCCCUUCUGUUCAACCUUUAAAUGUCGGACCUUACAAUCAGACCUUGGAUCCGAGUUUGUCGCCUCAGCAAUCGCAUUCUAGGGCUCCACUAUUCACUGCUGACUCGAGUGUCGAGCCUAUUCACUACCCUUACGUCUACGAUGUACAAGUUGCACUUUUGCGGACAAGAUAUUACUAUGCAAAGUAUAUAGUUUAUCGACCGUUUGUAUACAAAGCAUUACAUUUCCCAGAACUGAUGACAACAGAGGACGCUCAGGGAGUCGCGGAAUGUCUCAGAUCCUGCCUCAAAUGGCCUCUGUUGCUGUCACCAACGUCUCGUCGAAAAAGAUUAAUACCUUACCUGUUUUGCUGGAAUCAACAUUUCCUCGGCAUUCUAAUCAUCUUAAACAUUACCCAGCACAACCCUAUGCUCAGAGACAUACGGGCUCAGUUUUGUGGAUCAAGAUUCGAAGCUGAAAUAGGCGAGAGCGUUGACUUGAUGAUUGAUUGGAUCAGGGACUCGAGGAUAUGUGAUCCUAUUGCAGACUGGUGUUAUAAGAUCCUGCAACCGAUUUAUAACUUGGAGUCGUGA